CCCACUGUUGUCUAUCCUCCUGAGAUACAGCAGGUAGUUGACCAGUAUGCUGAUCUGAUGCAGAAGCCCGUUGGACUACCCAACCGGCCAACCAAGCAUCACAUUGAGCUGCUGCCUGGAGCGGUCCCUCCCAAGGGCCGCAUCUACAGGAUGUCCCCUGCUGAGCUUGAGGAGCUCAGGAAACAGCUUGAGACCCUGACCAGCAAAGGUUGGAUCAGACCCAGCACAUCUGAAUUCGGUGCACCUGUCCUCUUUGUGCCCAAAGGGAACGGCGAGUUCAGGAUGUGUAUUGACUACAGGGGUCUCAACAAGAUCACUAGGAAGAGCACUGAGCCACUUCCUAGGAUCGACGACCUGCUGGACAUGGUCCAGACAGAGAUGCACCGCAUCUUCAGGCCUUACCUGGAUAAGUUUAUGGUUGUCUACCUGGAUGAUAUCCUGGCAUUCAGCAAAACUACCAGGGAACAUGCGGAGCAACUGGCUCCCGUUCUUCGGUCGUUACGUGACAGCCAGUAUAAGAUUAACAAAGAGAAGUCCUCUUUUGGGUUCCCCUCUGUUAUCUACCUGGGCCACGUAAUCUCUGGAGAUGGUCUGGCUCCUGAAGCAGCCAAGAUUGCUGCUAUUCAGGAGUGGCCACAACCUCAGACAGUGAGAGAUGUUCCGUCCUUCUUGGGUCUGGCCUCAUACUACAGGAAGUUCGUCAGGAACUUUUCUGCAGUGGCUGCACCCUUGACUAACCUCACAAAGAAAGACACUCCCUUUCUUUGGUCCCUUCACUGUCAGAUGGCCUUUGCACGACUCAAACAGGCCUUGACUCGUGCCCCUGUAUUGAAGUUACCUGACCCCACUUUGCCUUUUGUCCUGACUACUGAUGCCAGUCAGUAUGGCAUUGGGGCAAUGCUUCAACAGGAUGAUGGGAAUGGUCUACAACCCGUGGAGUACAUGAGCAAGAAGAUCAAAACCCAAAAGCUUCAGGACUCCACCUACGAGAACGAGCUGUAUGCUCUUGUCAGUGCCCUAAAGCAUUGGAAGCACUUCCUCCUGGGAAGAUACUUCAAGAUCUUCUCAGAUCAUUCCACCCUGCAGUGGUUGAAGUCCCAGGGAGAGUUAAACAAGCUGGCACGAUACAUUCAGUUCAUUGACAUGUUUGACUUUGAACUGAAGCAUAAGAAGGGCUGCUACAAUAAGGUAGUUGAUGCCCUCUCUCGUAGGCCUGACUCUUUUGCAUUCAUCUCCUCUACUCACUCCUUUGGAGAGGAGACCCGUCAGACCAUUGCUCGCUUACUGCCUCAGGACCCGACUUAUGGACCCAUUGUCAGGAACUUGCAAGCUGAUCCCGAUUCUGAACCUGGCUAUGCGAUGAGUUCAGAUCCGCUGUAUACCUACAGCAGAGGGGAGGAGCGCUUAUGCAUUCCUAAGGAUCAGCAACUUAGGACACUGCUGAUGCCAGAGUGCCAUGACGCGCGUGGACACUUUGGGUUCUUAAAGUCGUAUGCAGCCCUGUCGCAGCGCUUCUUCUGGAAGGAGAUGCGGAGUGAGAUGUUGCACUAUGUGGAAACCUGUGAGCUAUGUCAGAGGAACAAGGUUCAGCGGAAACCUCCUCUAGGACUGCUCAAACCCCUAUUCAUACCUGAUGGUCCUGCUCAGUCUGAGGAGGAGGAGAAGAAGAAGAAAGGAGGAGGAGGAGAGAAGAAGACGAAAGGAGGAGGAGAAGGAGGAGAGAAGAAGCCUAAAGGAGGAGGAAGAGGAGGAGAGAAGAAGACGAAAGGAGGAGGAGGAGGAGAGAAGGUGAGCGGAGGAGGAGGAGGAGGCGAAGAGGAGGAAAGGAGGAGGAGGAGGAGGAGGAGGAGGAGGAGAUGGAUACGAAAGGAGGAGGAGGAGGAGAGGAAGAAGAAGAAGAAGAGGAAGGAAAGAGGUGGAGGAGGCUUCACCACGGUGGUGACAGAAGCUUCACGGGCAGCAACAAUGAGGAGGGCACAGACAGCAACGACGAGCAGCUCGACAAGGAGGAGCAGCAUCGACAGGCAGGCGUCGCAACGGCAGCGACGACAGGCGGGCUUCGCGACGGCAACGACGACGGGCAGCUUCGCAAUUGCAGCAAUCACGGGCUUCUCAAUGGGGAAUACCGCGUUCGAAUUCGAACGCGGCGUCAUAGCCCGCCAGAAGGGGAACCCAUUUCCUGGUGGCUGAUCUCAGCCGCUGAUCUUUGCAGAUCGGCGACUGGGAUCAGUCGCCAAAGAAGACCUUCCCACCCCCCUAAAACUAGUCCUAGAUCAAAACCAAAA